CUCACGCGAGCCAGCCUCGUCAGCUCAGGGGCGCGUGCCACAGCCGAAGCGGAGGGGACAGCUCCCAGGUGCUGAAACUGGUCGGCGCUCCAAAGAGAAAGCGAGACACAGAGGGGGGAAGGAAAAAAGCAACGCCUGCAUUAGACACAAAUACAAAUUCUGCAAAAACAGGGGCAGAUACAGAUAGAGCCGAGGCCUUCAAAACAGAUGGCUGCCACUCAGGAUGUGAAAGGGAAGGGAGAGGGAGGGGAUCAAAACUUUGACUACAUGUUCAAGCUGCUGAUCAUCGGCAACAGCAGCGUGGGCAAAACGUCCUUCUUGUUCCGCUACGCCGAUGACGCCUUCACUUCGGCCUUCGUCAGCACAGUGGGCAUCGACUUCAAAGUAAAGACUGUGUACAAGAAUGACAAGAGGAUCAAACUGCAGAUCUGGGACACAGCAGGCCAGGAGCGCUACAGGACCAUCACCACUGCAUACUACCGCGGGGCCAUGGGCUUCAUCCUAAUGUACGACAUCACCAACGAGGAGUCCUUCGGCGCUGUGCAGGACUGGUCAACCCAGAUAAAAACCUACUCAUGGGAUAAUGCACAGGUGGUUUUGGCUGGAAAUAAGUGUGAUAUGGAAGAGGAGCGAGUGGUCUCCGUGGACAGCGGUAGACUGCUGGCAGAACAGCUGGGUUUUGAAUUCUUUGAGACCAGCGCCAAAGACAACAUCAACGUGAAGCAGACCUUUGAACGCCUUGUCGACCUAAUUUGUGACAAGAUGUCCGAGAGCUUGGACACUGAUCCAGCGGUCACCACGGGAGCUCCCACUGCCAAACUCACAGACAGCGCUCCGCCCCUCCAGCAGCCCGGAUGCAACUGUUAGUGACUGAUGUCGGGAAGCAAAGGGAGGUGCAGCGCAGGUCCUGUAAGAUGGUAGAGUGUGCAGAGUUUUGUUCUCCCUUAUCACUCCUGCUAGCGCCGCUUCCUCUGGACUACAGUUCAAACCCUGUUUAGUGGUAGAAUUACAAAUUGCCGUCGUAUUAUCUCUCAACUUUAUCACCUUAUAUCAAGAGCAGCGUAACCAGACAGACAUGGCUAUUGUAAAAUGUGUAACAUUACAGGAUAACUAGAAUAUAGAGACACCAUAUUCUCAUUCUUGAGCUAGUUAGUUAGUUUCUAAACUCAGUAUGUUUGAUAAGGCUGGAAAUAGUCCAUAGUCAUGAUGUACAGGUAACCCUUAAGACCUUUAAAAUCUUUAACACCUAGAAUAAAAUGAGGGAUAGAGUCAGUGAAUGCAUUAGUUUUUAUUUUUUGUACAGUAUGUGUUUUCCUUUGAUAGGAUAAAUUUGUCUCCUAAAGCUGCCAAAUCUAUGAUUUAGUGCACUAUAGGAUGUAGCGGCUUUCUUUUUUGUUGUUGUAAUGAGUGUGUGUCUGUUGUGUGACUGUACAGUAAGUGAGUGUGAGGUUGCAUGAGUAUUA